UAACUUUUCAACCAUUAACACGAUGAUUCUAGUAGAUUCUGAAGGAGAAAAGCGGCAUACGCCGCUUUUCUCCUUCAGAAUCUACUGGAAUCAUCGUGUUGAGGGUCACGGUUGGACUGUUCAUCCUCCUCUUCCCAUGGCAGCAAAGAAAAUCCGAUGGUGCACCGUCUCCACUCCCGAACAGAAGAAGUGUGCAGAGCUGGCCAAAGCUCUGGUGGCGGUGCUGCCUCCAGCCGCUGUCACAGCCUUUGCCAGACUCUCGUGCAUUCGGGCUUCCAGCACCGCCGAAUGCAUCAACAGAAUCAAGGCUAACCGUGGUGAUCUAGUGAGUUUGGAUGCAGGAGAAGUUUACUCUGCAGUGAAGCAGUUUGACCUUGUUACUAUUGCAAAAGAGAUCUACAGUGAAGGGAGCUGCAUUCUGUCUGUAGCUGUGGUCAGAAACAGCAGCUUGACCAUCCGGUCCCUGCGAGGCCUGAGGAGCUGCCACAGCGGUGUGCGGUGGACAGCUGGAUGGAGCCUUCCCCUCGGCUUUCUGCUGUCCAGGAACUACCUGAGCUGGUCCAAGGAGCAUCCUCUCACUCAGGAUGUCAGUGGCUUUUUCAAUGCCAGCUGUUGUCCCGGAGCUGCUGCCAUGUCUCCUGCUCUGUGCUCUCUGUGCCAAGGCCAGAAGUCUUACAAUCCUCAGAAGAAUUACCACUGUGAGACGUCUCACAGUGAACCUUUCUACAACAACCAGGGGGCGCUCAGAUGUCUCAGAAGUGGAGAAGGUGAUGUUGCAUUUGUGGACCAUUUAGCUCUGGAAAGCAUAGAAGGGAGCGACAGCGACAUGUUCCGACUCCUGUGCCCUGAUGGCACACAAGCUCCCAUCAGCCAUUACAGGAGCUGUAAUCUGGGUCGUGGUCCAGGAGGGGGGGUGGUCUCUAGAAAUAAUUUUCGGAAAAUUGCUCGCAAGUUUCUGAUGACUGCGCAGUUGAUGUUUGGUCGACAAGGCAGGGACCGGCAGCGCUUCCAGCUCUUUAACUCCUCCGGCUUUGAAGAGCGCGACCUUCUCUUCAGAGAUUCGACCCACAAACUGGCCCUUCUGCCGGACGACAUGGACGUCAGCCAAGUGCUGGGACUGGAUUAUGUCGCGCUCCUGAAGGGUCUUGGACAUGAAGGAAGCUCCCUGGAGGACAGCGUCAUGCGAUGGUGCUGCAUCAGCCAUGCCGAGCAGAAGAAAUGUGAGCAGUGGGCUCUGAGCAUAAAGUCCGAGCCGCUGGUGUGCGUCAGAGCAGCCUCCAUGCGCGACUGUAUCGAGAAGAUUAAAAGGGAUGAGGUGGACGCCGUCUCGCUGGAUGCUACCCACUCCUACAUCGCAGGGAAAUGUGGUCUGGUCCCCGUGGUGACAGAGUAUUAUGGGAGCCAUUGUGUUCCUGAGGAGAGAGGGGCUCACUUUGAGGCUGAUGUGUUGCCCUCACUGGUGGGAGUAGCGGUGGCAAAGUGUUCCAACAAGAACGUCAUCAUGGGGAAUCUGGAGGACCGCCGCUCCUGUCACGGCUACAUGUACAGCCCUGCAGGCUGGCUGCUGCCGCACAGACACACGUUAAGCCUGACGCACAACAGCAGCUCCUCCUGUGAUCCAACACAAGUGUACAAUGAGGUGUUUUGGAAAGGCUGUCUUCCUGGCUCUGAGGGGAAUCUGUGCAAAGUUUGUAUGGGAGGCAUCGGGGAGGCUGCAAGCAAGCGCUGCACUGACAACCACAAUGAGCGUUACUAUGGCAACAUGGGGGCUUUAAGGUGUCUAGUCGGUGAUCCAAGUGGGAAAAGUUACGGUGAUGUUGCCUUCCUUGAACAGCACAACCUCCUCGCCAACAUCUUAAGCUUGAGCUCCAGCGACUGGGCAGAGGGAUGGACGGCAUCAGAGUUUGAGCUACUGUGUGGUGACGGGCGCCGUGCCGCAUUGUCUGAGUGGGAGAGCUGUAAUUUGGGAGCGAUCCCCCCCAACACCAUCAUGACACGGCCGGUGCUCACUGCUCGAGUGUACGACUUCCUCAUGAAGUCACAGGAACCCUUGUUUACAAGACCAAACACAGCUUUUAAGCUCUUUGAGUCUGAGCAGUUUGGAGAGAGCGAUCUGCUUUUUAAAGACGCCACAAACUGUUUCGUUCACACGAGUCACAUGGACUACCGCUCCAUCCUUAAAGGAGAAUUUUACUCUCACCUGGAAAAAGUCUUCAACUGCACACACUCUGAUAUCCUGGAGUUCUGCAACCAAGAUGUGUGUAGCAUUUUCUAGGAGGAAAGCCAAUGAUCCAUGACCAGGCGUUGUCUUCUCAUUCACUUUUAAUCCACAUGUUCACUGUUUUCAUUAGAUCAUUAAAUAACUAAAUUGUUUUUCAUAAAAGCUAUUGUUUUCAAAACUGUGUGAAAUACCAACCUGUCAUUUCUCACAGAGAAAGACAUAGAAGCUAAUUGUUGUAUCCUAUUUGCCCAGCAGUUUUUUGAAAGUCAUAAUAAGAGGUGAAAUGGUGUAUUAGUUCUCUCACAUGAUCAAUUGUGUGCUCAUUUAAUGUGAUUUCCUGUUUUAUUAAAGCAAAUAUUAAGUGCA